AAUUUUAACAUAACACAGACGUUGAUAUGGUGUCUGUGGGGUGGGUCAUUCGUCUUCACUGCUCUGAGAGGUUUUCUACGAUGGAAGUCCCAACACCGGCUGUUCGCCGACGAUCACUUCGUCUUCUUUGGCUUGCUAUCUUUGACGGCUCUCUCUGUGGUUAUCACACGAUUGCUACCGCAGUUUUUCCUCGCUCAGGAAUACUCAAAAGCAGCUAUAGCAGAUCCAAAUACCCCAAUGCCACUACCACCGGACGAGUUCGUCGAAAGGACACGCACUGCACUCAAACUCAUGUUCAGCCAGAUGCUUUUGUUUUGGACAACCCUAUGGGCUGCCAAAUUCUCUAUCCUGUUCUUCUUUAGGCGUUUGGUCAUUGGACUGCCCAUAUACAUGCGCGCUUGGUGGUUAUGUUUUAUAUUGGUGCUACUUCUCUACCUCGCAUCAAUCGCCUCAAACUUCUUGACCUGCCGUCCAUUAUCCAGAUACUGGAGCGCGACUGGGUGUAGCGAUCCAGAGGAUCUCAUCCGAGCCGAUGCCUCCAUCAAAUUCGCAACAAGCGCAGACGUCGUUGCUGAUGCUCUCAUAAUGCUUCUCCCUCUGAACCUGUUGCGCAAACUACAAGUUUCAGCCCAGCAGAAGUUUGGACUUGCUAUUAUCUUCUCACUCGGUACCAUCAUCAUCGCCUUCGCGUUCGCACGGCUUGCGCAAGUCACAAAGGCUACUUCGAAUCCCGACCCAGCCGCACUUGCUGAUGGACCUGUGCUACUGAGUAUGUGGAGCCACAUCGAGUCAUCCGUAUCUGUCAUAGUCGCUACACUGCCAGCGUUCAGAUACCUA